AUUCAACGAAAACUGGUAUACUUUUCCCUUUAUUUUUUAGAGCACUUGUCUAAAUUGGCAAUAAUUCACAUCUGGAACAAAAUAAUGACCGAAUUCUUCAAAAAAACCAAUGUGAAGUGAAGUACUGAAGAAAUAUCAGCUUCUGACUUAAAAUGCCACGAAUAUUUACAGGUAGCUUCUUACGAUCAACAGCUCUAAUAACCGCUGUAGUGUUUUCAAUUUAUCUCUUUAUGUCAUUGUUUGAUGAUGGACAACGACACCAACAGCUUUCCUUAGCUAGAUUAAGAUAUAAAGUACCAAUUGUAAAAUACUCUCGCCAGCAUAAGAAUAGGACAUUUGAUAGAAGCAAGUUUAAGUUUGUUUCGCUUUAUGGGGCCUUACGCGCGCGUGCAACUGUUCAUAAGAAAGUUACUAUUGCCUUAUUCAACCAUUCAACUGUAGAACAAGCAGUCAACUACGCACUUCAUGCUCAAAAUGCAAAGUUCUCCAGUUAUUUUUUGAUGGCCGAACAUAAAAAGGAUUGCGAUAGCUUAUGGUCGAUUAAACGUGAUAUUCCUUGUCUACCUUGUAAAAUUCCAAAAGUUGACAGUCGCUAUCUAUCAUUUAAUAACUGUGCAUUCUACUCAGCCAGCAAAUCGAUUGGUCAGACGUACUCCGUUAUGAUAUCCUUAGUUGACAGUCUUAUUUUGAGACAUCCGCAUCUACCGUCGAAAAAUUUCGAUCUUGGACUUAAUUAUGGUUCCAAUGAUUUUAUUCCAAUAUCUCUCUAUUCAAGUCAGAAAGUUGUAACUCUACUGAAACAGGUUGGUGCUUUAUCCAAGAAAAUGUCAAGGGAAAACGCUCUACGUGAGGUACUUAAAACUCAUAAAAGAAAAUAUAAAAUCUAUAAACUAGAUGAUAUUCUGCCUACGCUUGAUUGUAAUUUAACAAGAGGCUUCCAAUUAAAGAAAAGCUGGAAUGGCUUUCUUUGGGGAAAUAACUGUCCUAAGGAUAGCGAGAGUCGAAUCUAUAUUCUGAAGGAAUUGAAAAAGUGGUCAGUAAAUACCCGUGGUUAUUAUACAAAUGAAGCAGCUAAAUAUUUGGUGAUAUCCUCAGAAAUUAAUAACAAAAAUAGUUUAAAACAUUUGGAGAACGCUAUUCAACUAGCAAAUAUAACAAAGCGCAUUUUGAUUCUGCCAAAGUUUUCUUGUAAUUGCCGAUCAUCCAUUUGUUUACCGGGGUGUUCUUUAUGGCAUAUUUUUCAUACGAAAAAUCUUCAUAUAAGAAAAUUGGCUCAUAAUUUUUCAUACAGAGAAUCAAGUUUCUUUGAAAACUCACUCAUUCCAAGAAAGUUAAGACUGUUAUUCGAAAAAGCCCCAAUUCAUAAAGUUAGACGUUUUAUGGACAUUUCUCAUGUUCUAAAGCUGUUGCAAAGUAAUCCAAAACAACAAGUGAUAAAAUUAUCGGGUUUGGAUAAGAUUUCGCCUAAACUCAAGGUAAUCGAUGUAAAAUCUCAUCAAAAAUUUAAGAAUACUUUUUAAAUUACGAUUAUUAGAUUUUAUCGUUCAAGCAUAACGUUUAGUUAUAUACGUAAAUAUACAAAUAUAAAAUUUUAUUCUGUUGAUGCCAAUGUAUUCAUUGUCCAAAAAAGUAAUCGUUUUACAUAUUUUUUCUGUUUUUUUACAUGUAUUAAAAAUUGAUGAUACAUUUUUAUGAAAUUAGGAAAAAAGCUUUCCCAAUUUUAAAUAAUUAUUCUUUUUUACUUUCUUUUUUUUUGGGAAAAAAAAUAACAACAAACAUUUUAAACAUUUACAUCGUAGACCAAA